CUUCAUCUUCUUCCUUAUUAUUAUGUGGCUGGAGUUUCUGCUGCUGACCUGGCUGCUAAGCUAUACUGCAACUGCAAAUCCACAAAAGGCAUGGAAGCACCAUCAGAUAAGCUAACAAAAUGACUACUGCAACUGCUGCACUCACCUCCACUACUACCUCCGGUAUCGGCGGUGGUAAAGUUUCUUCUCAUAUCAAAGUUGCCAACGAUUUCGCCCUCAAUAACACCGUCACCACCUCUAGCGGUUUCAAUUUUUGGAGUGCUGCUACCACGACCCAUCCUCGUAGACGCUUGGUAUUCUCAAGGGCGUCUUUUUCAUCUCCUCCCCCUCCCGAUAAGAAACCACAGGAUCAAGGUGAUGACAAGGAGGAUGGUAUUGAUGAUGACGUACAAGGCGACGAUCAGAAUCCUUCAUCCGUCUCUGUGAUGAAGAGGCUGGUCGACGUGAAUCCGGUUGGAUUAGGGAGACGAUCCCGACAAAUAUUUGAUGAGGCAUGGCGCAAGUUUUCUGAAUUGGGACAGAUCUCUAGGACCACCCGCAUAAACGACGAGAAGAGCCUUUUUAUUCAGGAGGGUGGUCCUAUGUGCGAAUUUGCAAUUCCGGGGGCUCAGAACACCACUGUUCUCGUGGUUGGUGCGACCAGUCGUGUUGGUCGUAUUGUUGUCCGCAAACUCAUGCUCAGGGGCUACUCGGUCAAGGCUCUAGUUAGGAAUGCAGAUCAAGAAGUUGUGGACAUGCUACCAACUUCUGUUAAGGUUGUGAUUGGGGACGUUGGAGAUCCUGCCACUCUCAGGGUUGCUGUAGAAGGCUGCAACAAGAUUAUCUAUUGUGCCACUGCUCGAUCCUCUAUAACUGUGGAUCUCAACAGAGUUGAUCAUCAGGGUGUAUACAACCUCAGCAAAGCCUUUCAGGACUACAACAACAAGCUAGCGCAAUUGCGAGCUGGAAAAAGCAGUAAAAGCAAGCUUCUACUUGCAAAGUUCAAGUCUGCAGAUUCCUUGAAAGGGUGGGAUGUCCGCAAAGGAACUUAUUUCCAGGAUGCAGUUGCUGCUAAAUAUGAUGGAGGAAUGGAUGCUAAACUUGAGUUCAGCGAAAGCGGAGAAGCAGUUUUUUCAGGUUAUGUUUUUACACGAGGAGGAUAUGUGGAACUGUCAACCAAGCUAUCACUUCCUCUUGGUAGCACGUUGGACAGGUAUGAAGGUCUCGUACUUUCUGUAGGGGGGAAUGGAAGGUCCUAUGUUUUAAUCCUUGAAUCUGGUCCUUCAGCUGACACAAGCCAGAGCAAUCUGUAUUUUUCUAGAAUUAGCACAAAAGUAGGGUUUUGCAGGGUAAGAGUACCAUUUACUUCGUUUCGGCCAGUGAAUCCUGCUGAUCCACCAUUGGAUCCAUUCCUUAUACACACCUUGACCAUACGCUUUGAACCAAGAAGACAGAGGCCUGCUGAAGGACCUGUUGGAACGAACCAGGACUUGAGAAGCUUUCAAAUGAUACUGGAAUAUAUAAAAGCAUUGCCAACGGGACAAGAAACGGACUUCAUCUUAGUCUCAUGUACAGGUUCGGGAAUAGAAACUAACAGAAGGGAGCAGGUUUUGAGAGCCAAGAAGGCUGGAGAGGAUUCCCUGAGAAGAUCAGGCCUUGGAUACACAAUAAUUCGGCCGGGUCCGUUAAUGGAAGAACCCGGGGGACAACGAGCUCUAAUUUUUGACCAAGGAAACAGGAUAUCUCAGGGGAUCAGCUGUGCCGACGUGGCUGAUAUAUGUGUAAAGGCAUUGCACGACUCGACUGCAAGGAACAAGAGCUUCGAUGUAUGCUAUGAAUAUGUUGCUGAGCCAGGGAAGGAGUUGUAUGAGCUGGUGGCUCAUUUGCCGGAUAAAGCAAAUAACUACCUAACGCCAGCAUUAUCAGCUUUGGAAAAAAACACAUGAUAAAGUGAGUGUUGUUUGGUGGAUGGUGGAUGGUGGAUGAUGGAUGAUGGAUGCUUGAUGUACAUGGAAUUGCAUACCUCUUUUACUAUAUAUACUUGGGAUCUCAACAUGAAGACAUAUAUAGAAAAAUGUAACAUAGCGACUUGAAUUAUGUUGUUUUUGUGUUUACAAAAGCCAUUAUUGUUUCUUUAUUGUAUAUUUUUUGGGCAAAAGAAAAAUACGUAUAAGAUUAGGUGCUUAAAUAAGGGGUGGUUUGGUUGUGUCUGAAUGAAUAAGUUGUCCUCUUUACAAGGGGUUGAUAGUAUUGAUUUUAAUAAUGAUGUCUGAAUGAAAUUGC